GUUUGGGGGGGGUUAGUGGGUGAUGAACGGCGGGGCUCGGCGCUCGUGCGGAGCUGCGGCGGGGCUUUUGGCUGCGCGAGCUCUCUGCGUUUCCGCUCGGCCCCUCCCUCUCUCGCUCCGUGUCUCCGCGCGCGCCUCCCUGCUCGAGUGUCGGGGAACCGCGGCGGCCUGCAGGAAAAAAAAAUCUACAGACUACAACAAAGACGGAGGCCGCAGUCUGUUCCCCAGUAAACGAUUCAGAGUAAAGGAGCUGAGGAGGAUCUCCUGCAUGAGUGAUUUUGUUCUGCAUGGAUAGCAGUGUGUUAUUGGGACGUCCUUGUGCUGAAGAACGACAGUUUUGUAGUGAGGCCAAUGAGGAUUAAGGACGAUGGAUGAUACUGUGACGAGACUCGCUCUCCGUUCCCAAGAGCCGAAAAUCAUCCUGCAUGGCUCCGAUGAUGGAGGGAUGUGUGGGGAGGAGUACGUGGUGGAGCUGCAGGAGACGGUCCUGCUCUCGGAUGGAGAGAACGACGGAGAGAACGACGGUGUCGCCGUGCGGAGUUUCUCCUCUGACGAGCUCGUCAUCCAGGACGCUGUGGAGGAUGUGGUCGCCGAGGACGAUGAGGGCGUCGCCGUGGAGACGUGCGUGAUGUCACUGGAGGGUGAGGAAGAUGAGGAGGAUGGAGUGACAGUGGCGGAGGAAGAGCUGGUGGAGGAGAGAGAGAACGAACUGCACUCUUCUGGAGAUUACCUCAUGAUCUCCUUGGAUGAGGAUGGGAAGAUGGUGUCUGCUGAUGGAGAGGAAGUGACAGUGGAAGGAGCGUUGGAUGACCAGGAAGUGGAGAAAGACGAGGACGGACAGGAAGUCAUUAAAGUUUACAUCUUUAAAGCUGACUCUGGGGACGACGAGCUCGGUGAGGGAGACUCCGACUCGGUGUGUAAGCCCCUGAGGGAGAAGAUGCUCUACAUGUCAGUGAGCGACGGCCAUCACACACACACUGACGGAGGCUCUAAGCUAUCUGAUGAGGUGUAUAUGGAGGUGGUGGUUGGGGGAGAGGAGCCGGUGUGUAAUGACCGACCGUAUGAGAGCAAAGACUUCAUGCCUGUGAACUGGACAGCCGCUUAUGAUGACUCGGAGUGCUGUGAGAACAGGAACGGUGCAGCGAGUGCGGUUCUGCACAUUGACGAGUCUGAAAUGCCACACACACUCAAACAGCAACACGGCAAAACACACAGACGGGCCGAGCACAGGCAGGUGCAGACAGCGAUUAUUAUCGGGCCGUAUGGUCAGCCCCUCACGGUUUACCCCUGCGUCCUGUGUGGGAAGAAGUUUAAAUCUCGGGGUUUCCUGAAGCGUCACACUCGGAACCAUCACCAGGACGUCCUGAGCCGUAAGAAGUACCAGUGCACCGACUGCGACUUCACCACCAACAAGAAGUCCAGCUUCCACAGUCACAUGGAGGAGCACACACAACACACACAACACACACAACACACACACACACUCAGCACCAAGGCUCAGUUCGAGUCUGAAACCCUGAAAGAUUUCCACCAGCAGGCGCCGCUCUUCUCCAAUCGCCUUCACCCGCAGCAGAAAACAAAGAUGGCCGCCGUUCCUGCCAAGAAGACGCACAAGUGCAAGUUCUGCGAGUACGAGACGGCGGAGCAGGGCCUGUUAAACCGCCACCUGCUGGCCGUGCACAGUAAAAACUUCCCGCACGUGUGUGUCGAGUGUGGAAAAGGCUUCAGGCAUCCGUCUGAGCUACGUAAGCACACGCGCACGCACACGGGCGAGAAGCCGUACUCCUGCACACACUGCAGCUACAAAUCUGCUGAUUCGUCCAACCUGAAGACGCACAUGAAGACCAAACACAGCCGCGAGGACGAGGACGAGGACACGGCGGCGGCUUCAGCGCCGCACACGGAGCAGCUCGCGGAAAACGUCACAGAGACGACGCAGGACCACGACCCUGAUCACGAUCACGACGACGACGACAACGAUGAGGCUCGAGGUCAUCGGUGCGACCUGUGUGAUCAUCGCAGCUCCAAUUCCAGCGACCUGAAGCAUCACGUCAUCUCCGUCCACACGAAAGACUAUCCUCACAAGUGCGACGUCUGCGGUAAGGGGUUCCAUCGACCCUCAGAGCUCAAAAAGCACGCCGUAUCCCACAAGGCCAAGCGGCCGCACCAGUGUCGCCACUGCAGCUUUAAGACUGCUGAUCCGUUUGUGCUGAGUCGACACAUUUUAUCUGUUCACACUAAAGAACAGCAGCAACAGGAAACGCAACAAAAUGCAACUGAACAGCAGCAACAGCAACCGGCGCCUUCGUUACAGCCGCAGGAGCGAAGUCCGCCCAAGAAGACGAUCGGGGCGGCGCAGCUCGCUCUGGGCGGAGCUCCCAUCAUUAAAAAGGUGAUAGGUGCCAAGGGACCAAGGGAACGACGUGUGUACCAGUGUCAGUACUGCGACUACAGCACCGGAGACGCCUCGGGAUUCAAACGCCACGUCAUUUCCAUCCACACCAAGGAUUAUCCACAUCGCUGCCAGUUCUGCUCCAAGGGCUUCCGCAGACCGUCGGAGAAAAACCAACACAUCAUGCGCCAUCACAAAGACAUGAUGCCGAGCGAGUGAUUCAGUGAGUCAGCGAGUCAGUGAGUGAGUGAUUCAGUGAGUCAGCGAGUCAGUGAGUGAAUGAUUCAGUGAGUUAGCGAGCGAGUGAUUUGGUGAGUCAGUGAGUGAGUGAUUCAGUGAGUCAGUGAGCGAGUGAUUCAGUGAGUCAGUGAGUGAGUGAUUCAGUGAGUCAGCGAGCGAGUGAUUCAGUGAGUCAGCGAGCGAGUGAUUCAGUGAGUGAAUGAGCACCUCCCCCUUCAUCACUGACUUCUUCCUCACUCCGCCUCCAUGAUCUCAUGAGCACACAGCAACAUUGACUCAUUAGUGACAUCACCUAGUCACAUGACUUCCACAGAUAAGAGGGAGGCCUUUUGUCUUUGUGUGUUUGUGUGUGUGUGUGUGUGAGUGUGUGUGUGUCGGUGCCAUAUUUAGAAUCACAGUUUACAAUAUUCUCACCAUGUCAUGUUCUGAAAAAAGUCAGUAAUGAAUCACACCCGGUCACUGCGAAUGCUCUGUCUGCCAUGUUGUUCAUCCCGUGAAGGGAAUUAUGGGAUGUCUUAGCCAGGCCACUUCCUUCCAGAUGUUUCAAAACGUCCAACAUGAUAUAGUACAAAUUAAAUAUAAUGUAUUCUACAGACGAUUAUCAGUACACGUCCAGUCAAGAAAAAAUCACCAUGCCGACUUCAGUCCUGAACAGCAUUCUGUGAUUUACUCUGAUUUUUUUUUAGAUAUUUUUAUCUUAAGCAGUUUUCAGACUGUAUGUGUUAUAAAGUUCACUAUACGAUGUAAAAUAGCGCCGAAUUCAUUGUGAUGAACUUUAACCCUGCAAAUUUACUGUAAGACAAAGAAAGAAAAAAUGUGCCACUGCCGUCUGUUUUAUCUAUAAAAUACUAGAGAAACUGAUUAUUUGUUUUUAUUUGAAUUAUAAGCACCGUUGUACAGAACAGAGGAAGAGAAUAAUAAUAUAAAGUGUUAAGUUUCGACUCAGAUUUGACCGCAGCGUUUAAAUCUCAGCCGCUGAGACAGACGCCGGACGAGACGUGAUUUUCACACACGUGGAGAACGAAUGAGCUUCGUUUCACAGCACUGAAUCAUUUACACUCGUACCCAGACGCUGAGCUGCAACUUUGUACAUUAACGUGUUAGCAGUCAAACACACACACACACACACACACACACAGUAAUACACUCAUGCUACACCUUUUUGAAAAACACUGUGUGUAUGUUUCGUCCACACUCACAGUUUCAGUUUCUUUGCUAAAAGUUUCUCCAUCCACAACAAAACUAUUUUCAUUUGUUCCGAUAGCUCAAUCUUGGUUGUGUGUGUGUGUGUGUGUUUUAGCCACAACCUCCCAACACUAGUGAGCUUCACCUGUUAGAAUUAGCAUUAUCCUCAACACAAAGUAUGCAGUUACAAACCACUUUAUCGUCAUGAGAUGUUCUGUGUGUGUGUGUGUGUGUGUGUGUGUGUGCAUGUGCGCUCUAAGUGCAAUGUCUCACUUCCCUGUGCCAUUUUUAUUUGUACUCCAUGUUUCGGCGGGACUUCGUUACCAUGGUGAUGGUACCAGCAGGCUGGUUUCUUAUGGAGGAACGCUAGUCAUGUGACUUACGUUAUGUUAACAGCUGGGCUUCGUUCACUUUUCAUGGUCACGCUAGUGCAGUUAGUGUGAGCAUUACACACUAACACACUCUUCAUUAGCUUUAGAGAUGAUUGGGACUCAUUGGUGUGUGUGAACACGCCCUUAUAUGGUCAUAAUGUUUGAAAUGUACUCACACACACACACACACACACACACACACACACAGUGGCACUGUGAAGAGUGUAUGUUGUACACAGACUUUAUGAAAACAGUGGUUUCAUUCUGAUAUAAAUCCAGUGACCAAUCACAGGGCGGCUCUUAUUUAAAUGUUUGCUUCUUGUGUGUGAUUGGAUGAAUGGUGUGUGAUGCGUUCUGGCUGUGACAUCACGCCAUAGAUAAAGCACUGAGUUCCAUUUCGAUCAAUACCAUUGGUCAGUCCGGGGUGUUGGUCACUUCCUGGUCUGGUUUAGCCCCGCCCCAUUCCCCCUCUGUGGUCAUUUUUAUAGUGAGAUUAUUUAUUUGUCGAGCGUGGAGACGGUGUUGUAUAGUUUAGCGUAACGGAUUCAAAGCGACUGUAACUUAUUGUUUUUGUACACAGAUCUGUAAAGAGAGAAUGAAGAUGUAAACACUCGUUAAAGAAAAUCCUGAAUCUGAACUCUGUGUUGUCCUGAGUGUAAUGUUUGACAUAUUUGUUAAAAAAAGCGUUAAAAAGGAAAUAAAAGGCAAAGUAUUUUCCUGCA